AUGAUGUCAGAAGGAAUUGAAGAAGCUGAUCCAAUUUCAGAGGCAGUUGGAUUUAUCGAAAAAAUAUUACAAAAUAAUGUUGAUGCACAAUACCAAGGAUUAAAAGGGUUGAUGCUGUGUACAACGGUUCAUGUAGUAGAUCUAUUCAAGAAUCCAUCGUUUUACUAUCACGUCAAGAGGCAUCCAAACCACAAGCAAACACAUAUACAUAUGAGUCCCAAUCACGGUCGAUCACCCGUAUCACCACCCUCAUCGACUCAAUCCUCUCCAGCAUCAUCACCCACCUCUUCACCCGUCGAUCCAUGUAAUCAAGUAUCACCCAACACCAAAUACACCGAUAUUGAUCUAGACAAGUACACCAAAAAGAGAAAGAGUACCAUUCAAUCUCUACUCGAUCUAUGUCUAUCCGAAACUAAAAAGAUUCAAACCUCUGCUCUUAGAUUAGUUUGGCAUUUAUCUGCUCAAGCCGACUUGAAAGUAUUAUUAUAUGAAGAAGGAGUAUUGGAUAGAUUAAAACAAAUACAAUCAAGUGAUUAUUUAUUGACAAAGGAUGAAGUGGAUAAUAGAGCAAAUGGAGUACACAAAGGUGAAGUGCAAUUGGCGUCGUCGGCCAUCUUACAAAACAUCACAGAGUAUAGAUUCGAUCGUGGAGAGAUUAACCCAAACCAAGUCAAAAUUGUCAACGAAGGCAUUGUAGAGUUAUUCUUGAUUCCUCGUAGCAAGAGUACCGACCGUCGUGUACAAUUCCUCACCACCCUCACUAUUGCCAAUCUAUCAAUGAAUGAAGAGAACCAUCCCAUCCUAGACAAAAACAAAGCUUUCGAUGUCAUUGAAACCUUUGUCGUCAACAAUAGUCUCCAAAUGGAUCUCGUUUGUCAUUGGAUCACACUUCAACCACACAUCCCAUUACUUCAUUCAAAGUAUCCUCAAGUUCAAUUAUUUGCUUUAUAUUGUUUAUAUAAUUUAAUGAGAAAUGAUCAAUAUAAAGUAGAAGUAUGGAAAGGAUUAAGUGUAAAUAAUGGAGUACAAUCUAUUUUUGUAUUGUUGCAUAGUACACAUCCAAAGGUGGUAGAGUUGGCUCGAAAGAUUGCCGAUCAGCUGCAGAUUGAGGAGCCGUCGGUGACGGUCAACACGACCAAGAUUGGAAACGACUUGAUGAAGAUGUUUAACAACCCAGACUUUUCCGACGUCUGCUUUGUCUGCGAAGACAAGAAAUUGUAUGCUCACAAGGCUAUUUGUGCGUCGCGUUGCGAGCAGUUACGCGCCAUGUUUUCGUGGGGUCGCGAAUCCAAGGAACAGGAAAUCCAUCUGCCUCACAUACCCUACACCUCCAUGUACGGUGUACUCGAGUACAUCUAUUGCGGUGUGGCUACUAUCACCUGGGAGAAUGCUUGUGAGCUCUUGCAAUGGGGUGACUUUUUCUCAUUGUCUGGUCUCAAGAGUCGUUGUGAAUUCUUUUUAUGGCAUUACAUCGAUGUCGAGAAUGCACCCAUUAUCCUCUCUGUCGCCGAUAGUCACGGAUGCUGGCAGCUGCGUAAUGUCACUGCCAACUUUGUCGUUCGUAACUGGACACGUAUCAAAGACUCGGAGAAUUGGAUCACUCAUGUCUCACCCGACCUCAAAGCCUAUAUCACCGACAAGGUCAUCUCACUCGUCUCUUGCUCUUGUGGAUGUUUCUGUUCUUGCAUAGAUGACAAUAAUGACAAUAACAUGUUGGAUCUCCCACCACCAACGCAAUCCUCCUCCAUCCCUCCACCCCCAAUUGCCAAUUCACCACCAACUACCUCUUAA